UUGGCACAGUGAUCCGCCCUUAAAAAUACGCUAAUGGACCCGUAAAUAAACUUCGAAAUACAUACAUACAUUGCGACAGUUUCGACAUUGAAAGUUCGGUUCACGUGAGACGAGCGAAAGUCGGAGACGAACAGUUUAUUAAUGAAGACUGGAUUGGUAUUGAUAUGUCACGCCAUAAAGCAAACGUUGCGUUGGAUCCAAAGUACCUGAUGGUCGCAGUAGAUGAAAAUGACGAACCGGUCGGAUACGGAGGAAUCACCCUAGCAACACCAGAUAUUUGUUAUAUUGGAAACUUCAUUGUACGUGAGGACUGGAGAGGGAAAGGGAUCGGACAAUUGAUAUCGCAAGCUUUGAUUGAACGAGCUGGGGACAGAAAUAUCGCUAUGGAUGCCGUAUCUUAUAUGGGGGAUUUUUACGAAAGAAAUGGCUUCAAGUUUAGUACAUCAAAUGUAGCGUAUAACACAGUUUGCGUUAAUGAGGCUAUGAAGAAAUCGGUUCAGUCUGAAUUCAAGUGCAGGGAUUUGACAGAAGAUCUCUGGCCAAUGGUGACGAAGUAUGACAGACAGGUGUAUCCAACACUAGAUCGAGAGCGAAUUCUGCGGGCCUGGUUCUGCGCGGAAGGCUCUCGGGCUAUGGUUGCGUUUCGUGUUAACCAGGUAGUUGGGUAUGGAAGCAUUCAUGAAAAGCCCCAUCAAGAAUACGGUUUAAAGAACGUCUUUGCAGAUAAUGAAAGCGUUGUUGAAGCAAUUUUAAGAGAGCUAUUUAAAGAAGUACCGGAGGGUCGGUUGGCGCAUUUUGAAAAAGAUGAAGGAAAACCAAUGCCAAAGUAUCUAGAACACAGCGUUUCUCGAUUUGACUUUACUGGCAUUCGAAUGUAUAACAAAUAUCCUUUGGAGACAAUUGGGGACAAAAUGUGGUAAACAUCUGCGGCCAUACUUUGAAAGUUGUAUAAACACUGAUUAACCGUUCAUAUAAUGGACGCAGUUAAGUUACGAUUAUGCUGUCAAUAUUCUUGAAGGGAAUUGUUCACAUUUUAAUAUUCAAUAUAAUUGUCAUCGUUUAAAAAAAGUUAACAUUAUGCUUGAACAACCGAAAGGACACUCCUGGCUUAGAAAUGAAACAUACUGGUUUAUCAUUGGAUUAUCAUCUUGUGAUAUCGGUAAAAUAAAGCGUGUGUAACGCUUUUCCUCAAGUUUGAUCAAACAUGUUGGUUUUGUGUUUAUAAUUCUCGAAAACACUAAAGCCUGUAUAUUGAGUUUGAUAUGUACGAAUCUAGGACAAGA